AUGCUAUACGCCGAGGACGACAAGCUUAUCUUCCGUUUCGACGACCACCUGCUCUGGAUCCAACCCUGGGGCGAAAAUGCACUGCGAGUCCGCGCCACAAAGCUAGCAUCCAUGCCCGAACAAGACUGGGCGCUCUGCACCAAGCCGACGACAAAACGCGCCGCGAUCGAGACCCCAGCCGGCAAAGAAGCAAGCAUCAGCAACGGCAAGAUCAAGGCAGUGGUCUCACAGCGCGGGAAGAUCAUCAUCUACGACUCGAAGGGAAACAAACUGCUCGAGGAGUAUGCGCGCCACCGCCGCGACUUGACAGACCCCAAAUGCAGUGCGCUAGAGGUCGAGGCGCGCGAGCUGCGUCCGAUUCUGGGCGGCGACUUCCAUCUCACGAUGCGGUUCGAGUCGCUGGACCCCAAGGAGCGGAUCUACGGGAUGGGCCAGUACCAGCAGCCGUCGCUGAACCUCAAAGGUGCGGAUAUCGAACUGGCGCAUCGCAAUUCGCAGGCCAGCGUGCCCUUUGCGCUGUCGUCUUUGGGCUACGGGCUCUUGUGGAAUAACCCGGCUAUUGGGCGCGCCGUCCUGGGGACGAAUACCAUGAGCUUUGAGGCGUAUUCUACCAAGAGCCUGGACUAUUGGGUCGUUGCGGGCGACAGCCCUGCGGAGAUCGAGGAGGCUUACAGCAGCGUGACGGGUCAUGUCCCCAUGAUGCCCGAGUAUGGGUUGGGGUUCUGGCAGUGCAAGCUUCGCUACUGGAACCAGGAACAGCUGCUCAACGUGGCGCGAGAGUACAAGCGGCGGAAUAUCCCGCUCGACCUGAUUGUUAUUGACUUCUUCCAUUGGAAAUACCAAGGAGAAUGGAGCUUCGAUCCGGAGUUCUGGCCCGACCCUGAUGCAAUGGUGAAAGAGCUCCGGGAAAUGAAGGUCGAGCUGAUGGUGUCCAUCUGGCCGACGGUUGAAAACAAGUCGGAGAACUAUCCGGAAAUGCUGGAGCGCGGCCUUCUCAUCCGGCACGAUCGCGGCGUCCGCGUUGCCAUGCAGUGCGACGGCGACAUCACGCACUUUGACGCCACGAACCCGGAAUCGCGCCAGUUCGUGUGGUCGCGCGCGAAGAAGAACUACUACGACAAGGGCAUCCGGGUGUUCUGGCUGGACGAGGCGGAGCCCGAGUACUCCAUCUACGACUUUGACAUCUACCGCUACCACGCGGGCAGCAACCUCCAGAUCGGGAACAUCUUCCCCAAGGAGUACGCGCGCGGCUUCUACGAGGGCAUGGAGGCGGAGGGCCAGACGAACAUCGUGAACCUGCUGCGCUGCGCGUGGGCCGGCAGCCAGCGGUACGGGGCGCUGGUCUGGAGCGGCGACAUCGCGUCGUCGUGGAGCUCGUUCCGCAACCAGCUGGCAGCCGGCCUGAACAUGGGGCUGGCGGGCAUUCCCUGGUGGACGACCGACAUUGGCGGCUUCCACGGCGGGAACCCCGAUGAUCCGGCGUUUCGUGAGCUCUUCACGCGCUGGUUCCAAUGGGGGACGUUCUGCCCGGUCAUGCGGCUUCACGGCGACCGCGAGCCGAAGCCAGAGGGCCAGCCGACCGCGUCCGGAUCGAACAAUGAGGUCUGGUCGUACGGCGAGGAGGUGUACGAGAUCUGCAAGAAGUAUAUCGGGAUUCGCGAGGAGUUGAGGGACUAUACGCGGGGGUUGAUGAAGGAGGCGCACGAGAAGGGCUCGCCCGUCAUUCGGACACUCUUCUACGAGUUCCCCGAGGACAAGAAGGCGUGGGAGGUCGAGACGGAGUAUCUGUACGGCUCCAAGUACCUUGUCGUUCCAGUUCUCGAAUCGGGACAACGCAAGAUCACCGCAUAUCUGCCCAAGGGGGCUUCGUGGAGACUCUGGGGCGAGGACCAGACACACGCUGGUGGACAGGAGGUUGAAGUUGCGUGUCCUAUCGAGACGAUGCCGGUGUUCGAGAGGGUGUAG